UCCGUCGCCAUGGUGACCAAUAGACAUCAACAACCCGACGGUCGACAUGGCAUCUGAGACUAAGUUUUCCUUCAACCUCCUCCCAACCAAGACAUUUUCCUUCCUUCAGGACAAAAGCACGCUACAACUACUCAUGAAAUGGUCCAUGCUAGGGCGCAUCUCAGCCCAGGCCUUCAGCUUUGACCAGAACUUCUACCCAUACAACAGCCACGACUUUACUCUGAGUUUCUUCAGAGACCCCUGUGUGCUGACCAACCUCAGGAAGAUGGAGGCUGGAGCCUGGGUUACUCUGGAUAGUGAGGGCCAGUCCUGGUUACCUGGAUCAACAGAGGGUGAGGUGGUGUGUGUACAGGCAGAGGUAGUGCCGUGCAGUGAGGUCAGUAUGGAGAUGUUUGACCCUCUCUACUCCAGUGGAAUCAUCACAUCCUCUGGACACAUCACCAAAUGUUUCCACGACACACACCCUGACUACGACCUACUGAGACAGAUGUUGCAGGAGAAUGGCAGUGAGGAGUAUGGAGUGAUGGAGAGGAGAGAGUUCCUGUUCCUAGUGUUUAAACACAUGACUCUGGGAGGAGAGCUGUGUCAGUAUGAAGAUACCAUCAACCCCUACAUAGACACCACCAGAACCAUUUAUAGGGAUCUGGUCAGUGUUCAGAAGAAUCCAGAGAGCAAGGAGAUCAGUGUGGUUUCCACUGUCAUCAAAGUCUCUGCUUUGGAUGCAUCCGGUGUGUGUUACCCAGCCAGAGAAGAAGAGGAUCAGUCAUUCUCCUACCUCAUAGUGGACCCCUUCAGAAGACAUGUCUAUGUGUUCUACCACUGUUAUGGAGUAGGCGCCUUCACACUGUAACAUACACACACACCAAUCCAAUGUUUUGGACAAUCUGGUAGGGGGAGUGAAUGAGUUCCUACUUCAGGGAGAAUGAGGAGAAGCUGAGUUGGUCUAUUGUCUCAGAAAGUGGCCUGCUAGGAUGGACUGUUCCGUCUACAACUACUGUCGGACUGUUCCGUCAACAACUACUGUCUGACUGUUCCGUCUACAGCUACUGUCUGACUGUUCCGUCUACAACUACUGUCUGACUGUUCCAUUUACAGCUACUGUCGGACUGUUGCGUCUACAGCUACUCUGACUGUUCCGUCUACAACUACUGUGACUGUUCCAUUUACAGCUACUGUCGGACUGUUGCGUCUACAGCUACUGUCUGACUGUUCCGUCGACAACUACUGUCUGAUUGUUCCAUUUACAGCUACUGUCGGACUGUUCCGUCUACAACUACUGUCUGACUGUUCCAUUUACAGCUACUGUCGGACUGUUGCGUCUACAGCUACUCUGACUGUUCCGUCUACAACUACUGUCUGACUGUUCCAUUUACAACUACUGUCUGACUGUUCCGUCUACAACUACUGUCUGACUGUUCCAUUUACAGCUACUGUCGGACUGUUGCGUCUACAGCUACUCUGACUGUUCCGUCUACAACUACUGUCUGACUGUUCCGUCGACAACUACUGUCUGACUGUUCCAUUUACAGCUACUGUCGGACUGUUGCGUCUACAGCUACUCUGACUGUUCCGUCUACAGCUACUGUCUGACUGUUCAGUCUACAACUACUGACUGUUCCGUCUACAACUACUGUCUGACUGUUCCGUCUACAACUACUGUCUGACUGUUCCGUCUACAACUACUGUCUGACUGUUCCGUCUACAGCUACUGACUGUUCCGUCUACAACUACUGACUGUUCCGUCUACAACUACUGUCUGACUGUUCCGUCGACAACUACUGUCUGACUGUUCCAUUUACAGCUACUGUCGGACUGUUGCGUCUACAGCUACUCUGACUGUUCCGUCUACAGCUACUGUCUGACUGUUCAGUCUACAACUACUGACUGUUCCGUCUACAACUACUGUCUGACUGUACCGUCUACAACUACUGACUGACUGUUCCGUCUACAACUACUGUCUGACUGUUCCGUCUACAGCUACUGUCUGACUGUUCCGUCUACAACUACUGACUGUUCCGUCUACAACUACUGUCUGACUGUUCCGUCUACAGCUACUGUCUGACUGUUCCGUCUACAACUACUGACUGUUCCGUCUACAACUACUGACUGUUCCGUCUACAACUACUGUCUGACUGUUCCGUCUACAACUACUGUCUGACUGUUCCGUCUACAACUACUGUCUGACUGUUCCGUCUACAGCUACUGACUGUUCCGUCUACAACUACUGACUGUUCCGUCUACAACUACUGUCUGACUGUUCCGUCUACAACUACUGUCUGACUGUUCCGUCUACAGCUACUGUCUGACUGUUCCGUCUACAACUACUGUCUGACUGUUCCGUCUACAACUACUGUCUGACUGUUCCGUCUACAACUACUGUCUGACUGUUCCGUCUACAACUACUGUCUGACUGUUCCGUCUACAACUACUGUCUGACUGUUCCGUCUACAACUACUGUCUGACUGUUCCGUCUACAGCUACUGUCUGACUGUUCCGUCUACAACUACUGUCUGACUGUUCCGUCUACAACUACUGUCUGACUGUUCCGUCUACAACUACUGUCUGACUGUUCCGUCUACAACUACUGUCUGACUGUUCCGUCUACAGCUACUGUCUGACUGUUCCGUCUACAACUACUGUCUGACUGUUCCGUCUACAACUACUGUCUGACUGUUCCGUCUACAACUACUGUCUGACUGUUCCGUCUACAACUACUGUCUGACUGUUCCGUCUACAACUACUGACUGUUCCGUCUACAACUACUGUCUGACUGUUCCGUCUACAACUACUGACUGUUCCGUCUACAACUACUGUCUGACUGUUCCAAUACUCCAGAUGUAAUGCAACUCUACACACUAUUGAUGGUCUUGUCCUUUUGUGUUUAUCAAUAAAAUUAUUGUUUUGAAAAUGUUA